AUGACCCAUGUCUGCUCCAUCAGUGUUAAUCUUAAUCCAACUCCUGUCCGGAAUGGUCCAUCCAACGGGAAUGGUCCAUCCUACUCGAGAGUUAUCAUUUCGAAUUAUCCUACCUGGCUGCUUUUUGUAAAUAGCUGUUAUAACCAGUACCACCGUUUACAAAAUUAUGCAUUUCAAUUGAUAAUGCUUGCAAGAUACUUAGGUAAAACCCGUCCCUCAUCAUUGACAAUUUGUUCAAAUUCGGUAAUACUAAUGAGAAAUUAUUAUGGUAAUAAUAGCAUAAGUCAAGAACUAGAGAAUUUUGUUAGGGAUGAAUGUAAGUCUGGAAACAUUAAGAAGCUUGAUGAUGGUUUAAGAUACUUUAACAUAUUGAUUUCAGUAAACCCAUUUCCAUCUAGUCAUAUAUUUAGUCUUUUAUUGGGAUCAUUAUCCAAGAUUGAAUGUUAUUCAGAAGUGAUUAUGUUGUAUAAGAAGAUGAAUAUGAUUGGAAUAGAACCUCAUUUGUAUACAUUUAAUGUUUUGGUUAAUUGUUAUUGUCAAUUAGUCCAAGUUGAUCAUGGGUUUUGCAUUUUAGGUGAGACUCUGAAGAGGGGUUUAAAUCCUGAUGUUUGUACUUUUACUGUCCUCAUCAAGGGGAUGUGUAUGCAAGGAAAGAUUUUUCUUGCUCUUCAAGUGUUUGAUAAAAUGACUGAGAUAGGUAUACAGCCUGAUGUUGUUAUGUUUGGGACUGUUGUUACUGGACUUUGUAAAACUGGGGAAAUAGGUCUCGCUAUGGAGUUUCCGAGAAUGAUGGCGAAAUGGAAUUGCAGUCCUAAUGUUGUUGUUUAUAGUUCUUUGAUUAAUGGACUCUGCAGUGCAAACCGGUUUCACGAAGCAAAAAGACUCUUAGACGAUAUGACUAGUAGAGGAAUCACUGCGAAUGUAACAUCUUAUAAUUGUAUAAUUCGUGGUCAUUGUGUACAUAAUCAAUUGAAAGAAGCAAGGCAGUAUUUCUAUGAAAUGCUGGAUCGAGGGAUCCUACCUAAUACGGUUACCUUUAACAUGUUAAUAGAUUAUUUCUGUAAACAAGGGAUGCUGGAAAAUGCUCAUGAAUUAUUUGUACUGAUGUGUAAGGGUCUUGAACCCAGUGUUAUUAGUUACAAUAUACUGAUUGAUGGGUAUUGCAAGAGUCGGAAGUUGCACGAAGCUAUGAAGCUCUUCAAGAAUCUGAAACAAAAUGGGUUUAAACCCACAGUAGUUACCUAUAAUAUAUUAUUAGCGGGAUUAUACCGGGAUGGAAGAGUUGGGAGUGCACAGACUUUGUUUAUGGAGAUGAAGUCUUUCGGCUUAUCUCCAAGUGAAGUUACAUAUGGUACAAUGCUGGAUGGGCUUUGCAAGAAUGGACAUCUUGAGAAGGCUAUUGCAUUAUAUAAAACCGCUGAAAGGACUUACAAGCACACUUCAGAGUUUAGGCAUUCUCGCAAAGAGUUAGAUGCUAUGGAAAUCACCAACACCAUCUGUUGUAUCGUCCUUACACGUUCUGAUAGGGCUUACUUGUUGGGUUACCAGGUAAAGCAGGAAAAAGAUUAUUCAGUGGGUAGAUUGCUCCUCCUGUUGGUACCAUUCAUGUUAAUGAUAUCAAGUGGCUUGGUUAUAGCUGCCAUGUCAAUGUAUCUGAGGCAAUUGUGUGGCUUCUUGCCAAAGAUAACAGUAAAGCUUUUGAUUUUGGAGCUUGCUUGUGGUGGAAUUCUGGGAAUCGAGGAACAACAUCAUUUUUGA